AUAAACGACUGAAAAAAUUUGGUAGAAAAUAUCAAAAUACUUGGGAAAAAGAAUUUCCAUGGAUUAAAAAAGCUUCUGAUGGUUCAGAAGAUGCCCUUUGCACUCUUUGUCAUAAUUUACUAAGGCCUAAAAAAGAUGCCAUUAUUCAGCAUGCACAAACCAAGAAACAUAAGGAACUUGAGAAUGCUUCAGCAUCAGCUGCUAAAAGUGAUACAUGGAAACAGUUCAGAAAAAUGCAUGCAACUAGUGAUGACAAAGCAAAAAAAAUUGAGCUGGAACUGUCUGUUGUAAUGAGUUGUCAUUGUGCUAUUCGAAGUGUUGACCACAUUUCAGAUUUCUUGACAAAAUAUGGAAAAGGGAGUGAUCUUGAGAAGAUUCGGCUACACCGUUCAAAAUGUGCUUGUUUGCUGAAGAAUGUUAUUGCUCCUUCUUUAAGAGAUGUGUUGUCAGAAAAUCUAUCAGGAAAGAAAUUCUCCCUCAUUGUAGAUGAGAGCACAGAUGUUUCAGUUUCAAAAAACCUUUGUAUCCUGGUCAGAUAUUUUAAUGAUCACAGUCAGCAUGUAGAAACUGAUCUACUUGCUUUAGUUCCUGUGACUGAUGCUACUGGAGAAGUUCUCUUCCAGGAAAUUGAAGCUGUUCUUCAUUCCUUUGGUCAAACAUUCAAAAAUUGUAUAGGAUUUGGUGCAGAUGGAGCUAGCAGCUUGGUUGGAAAGAACAAUUCGGUAUUUUCAAGAAUUCUUCAGACUAAUCCAAAAUGUAUUCUUGUGAAAUGCAUCUGUCACUCUCUGGCAUUGGCAGUAAAACAUGCAUGUGAGAAACUUAUGGCUGAUGUUGGCUUCCUUGUGACUGAGAUCCCAGCUUGGUUUUCAAAAAGCACCCUGCGAAGAAAUGAUUUCCAAAAGCUGUCAGAAGUUCUCAAUACUGGUGGAGAUGAACAAGGAACAGGAUCUCUCCCUCCUUUCAUGAAAUCAUCAAGUACAAGAUGGCUAACCAGAGGUGAAGUGAUGAAAAGAAUUAUGGAUAAUUGGCCUGAGCUGCAGGCCUACUUUUCCUUAGUUGAAUCCUCAGGAUCUUUUGAGACAAGGAGCAAAGGCAGAAUUAUUCUAGGAAUGCUGAAAAAUCCAUACACUUUUCUCUUCUUCAGUUUUGCUACUCCUUUGAUAAGAGAGGUUGAGAAAAUAAAUAAAAUGUUCCAAGCAGAGAAAGUGGAUGCAGAAAAACAAUGCAAAGAACUAAUGGCUUUCCAUAGGACACUUCGUGACAGAUUGUUUGACCAAAAGGGACAACCAUUGGCCUUAAGCAAUGUAGAUUUUGGACAUGACUUUGAGAUUGAACUGAAAAAGUUUUUGGAUCACAGUUCCCAGCAGGCUAAUGUAAAAUCAGAGGUAGCCUCUAUGAAACAGAGAUGUCACGACUGUCUGGUAGAACUCUUCAACCAAGUUAAAGUGCGACUACCAGAUAACAUCAAACUCUUCAAUGGUCUGAGCUUUUUAAGUCCAAAUAUGGUAAUGUCUCAUGAUGUGCAUCGAGCUCCAUUAAAACAUCUCCCAUUGAGCCAUCUACUCAAUUCAGAAAUAGAGCAAGAAUAUAGGUCAAUUCCAUAUCAUGACUGGUCUGCUGACUUUCCACUGGGAACGCCCAAGGACGCCUUGGAGUUUUGGGCAGCAGUAGCAUUACUAAAGAACAGUGUGGGUGAAAUAAAGUAUCCAAAUCUCUCUCACUAUGCUCUAGCAUGCAUGACACUUCCUGUCAGCAAUGCCCAUGUGGAACGAGUUUUUUCAUAUGUAACUUGGCUGAAGUCAAAAACUAGAAAUAGGUUGCAAUUAGUUAUGAUGGAAGCACUGCUGAGGAUUAGAAUGAAUCUUUUGACUAGAGGAGGAUGUUGCAAGGAAUUUGAGGCAUCUGUAGACAUGCUCAAUCGAUUUUCGUCUUCCAUGUACCACAAAUAUUCUCAAUCUGAUGAUGAAAUGGGUGAAAUUGAUGCAAUUUUUGAUUUCCAAGAUUGA